AUCUACGAUCACCACUCAAAAACACACUCGAAGCUCUGAAACAGUGACUCCACCAUAUGGAAACCCCAAACUUCUUCCGCCUCAUCUUUCUCUCCCUCUUUUUCGCCCUCGGCCUCCUCUUCACUUGGUCUCACCUCCCUUCCGGGCCGGACCUCCUCGACUGCGCCACCAACUCUGCAUGGUGCACCUCCAAGAACCGCUUCCAAUCCAAGCAACCAACUCACCUCAAGAACCGCCGCAACAGUCCCACGCGCCUCCGCGACCACGCCUCCGACACGCCCCACCACCCUCUCGACCCUCUCACAGUCCAAGAACUCAACAAAAUCAGAACCAUCCUCUCCUCUCACCCAAUCUUCUCAACAUCCGCUGGCUACGCUCUUCACUCCAUCGAGCUCGAGGAGCCGGAGAAGCCUCUCGUCCUGACAUGGAACAAGGGCGACCCGCUGCUCCCGCGGAAGGCCUCCGUCGUUGCACGUGUGAAAGGUGAGUCGCACGUGCUUACCGUCGACUUGGCCACCAGCGUGGUGAUCGUGCACCAGACAGGUUCCCACUCCGGUUAUCCCAUGAUGACGAUGGAGGACAUGACCACGGCCACUUGGGCGCCUCUGGCGGACGCGACUUUUAACCGGACGAUUAUCGAGCGAGGGGUUGAUCUGACCGACCUGGCUUGCCUGCCGAUUUCAACGGGGUGGUACGGUAAGACGGAGGAGAACAGGAGGCUGAUUAAGGUGCAGUGCUACUCCAUGAAAGAUACGGUGAACUUCUACAUGAGGCCUAUCGAAGGCUUGACCGUGCUGCUUGACUUGGACACCAAACAAGUCGUGGAGAUUUCAGAUAAAGGCGCGAACAUUCCGAUACCAAACGCUGCCAACACGGACUAUAGGUUCUCGGCUCAGAAGCACAACCAAGUAAUCAAGCUACUAAAGCCAAUAUCAAUAGAGCAGCCCAAGGGUCCGAGUUUUACGGUGGAGGAUGAUCACUUAGUCAAGUGGGCAAAUUGGGAAUUUCAUGUGAAGCCUGACGCGAGGGCGGGCGUGAUCGUGUCUCGGGCUAAGGUCCGAGACCCCGAUACCGGAGUGUUGAGGGACGUCAUGUACAAAGGGUUCACCUCGGAGUUGUUUGUGCCUUACAUGGACCCUACUGAUGCUUGGUACUUCAAGACUUAUAUGGACGCGGGCGAAUACGGGUUCGGGUUGCAAUCUAUGCCUCUCGAACCCCUUAAUGAUUGCCCGCGUAACGCCCAUUAUAUGGACGGGGUAUUUGUGGCGGCCGACGGAACACCUUAUGUCCGAUCAAAUAUGAUAUGCAUUUUCGAGAGCUAUGCAGGUGAUAUCGGGUGGCGCCACACAGAGAGUCCCAUAACAGGAAUGGAGGUUAGAGAAGUGAGGCCGAAGGUAACAUUAGUGGUCAGAAUGGCAGCAUCAGUUGCUAACUAUGACUAUAUUGUGGACUGGGAGUUCCAAACAGAUGGACUAAUAAGAAUUAAGGUUGGACUAAGUGGGAUUUUGAUGGUGAAAGGCACACCUUAUCAGAACGUGAACCAAGUCUCUGGCCAAGAAAGUCUCUAUGGCACACUUCUAUCCGAAAACGUAAUAGGAGUUAUUCAUGAUCACUACAUCACAUUUCAUCUUGAUAUGGACGUCGACGGCUCUGAUAAUUCAUUUGUGAAAGUGAAUCUCCAAAGGGAACAAAACUCUCCUAGUGAGUCGCCAAGAAAAAGCUUCUUGAAAGCUACUAGAAAUGUGGCUAAAACGGAGAAGGAUGCACAAGUUAAGCUAAAACUCUAUGACCCGUCCGAGUUCCAUGUGAUCAACCCUUCAAAAAAGACCCGAGUUGGAAACCCGGUCGGGUAUAAGGUAGUUCCCGGUGGCACUGCUGCUAGCUUGCUUGAUCUUGAUGAUCCUCCCCAAAAGAGGGGUGCUUUCACGAACAAUCAGAUAUGGGUUACACAGUACAACCGGAGCGAGCAGUGGGCCGGUGGAUUGUUCGUCUACCAGAGCCAAGGUGAAGAUACCCUAGCCGUCUGGUCCAACAGGGAUCGAGAAAUUGAGAAUAAGGACAUUGUGGUUUGGUACACAUUAGGGUUUCAUCACAUACCAUGUCAAGAAGAUUUCCCCAUAAUGCCUACAGUGUCGGCUAGUUUUGAUCUGAAGCCUGUAAAUUUCUUUGAGAGCAAUCCCAUACUUCGGACUCCGCCUAAUGUUGAGACGGAUCUGCCUGUCUGCGUGGUUGCUGCUGCAGCUUAAUUAGCGGAGGAAUGGAUGUUUCCCGGUGGAAUUUGAUUUCAAUGACGUUGGCUUUGCAUAAGCUAUAUCUGGGAUAUUCUGGUUGAAGCUUUCUAUGCUUGGUUGAUAUGGAAUCACAACUUGUAGGAAAGCUAGGUGUUCCAAAAAUAAAAGAAUCACUAGGUGUCAGCAAGUAAUAUAUUAGCUUAACUAGUUGAAAUUGUAUUGAUGAUCGAAGUCAUCGAACUAAUGCGAUCUGUAUUUUGCAAGAGGUAGCUAGCUAGCUAGCUGGUGAAAAUUGACUCAAAGGUUCCAAUGAUCUGUGCCCUUUUCUGUAAAUUAAAAAUCAAAAUAAAAUAUCAAACAUGCAUCUUUGUUUUAUACGGUGUUUGAUUUGCUUCAUGAGAUAUCAUCCAGAAAAUAUAAUUCAAAUAUGUAGU